AAAUUCUUGGAGGAUUUGAAAGAAGCGGAAGGGGAAGCGACGAAAACAGCGAACUGCUUCCUUCACCACGACUCAGGGUUUUCCGUUUACAACGAAUACUGCCAAAACUACCCCACGACGAUGGAAGUUUUAGGACAGUUAACCAGGGACGAAAAAAUGGCUGCUCUCUUCAGAGAAAAACAAAUAGCUUUAGGACACGCCCUACCUCUAGGAUCAUAUUUGUUGAAACCAGUGCAACGGAUACUUAAAUAUCAUCUCCUGUUACAGCGACUUUCCAAGCAAUGCGACCCGCUACACAAACCAGCAGUGGACUUGGCUUUAACGACGAUGACCGGCAUAGCUUCUGAUAUCAACAACAUGAAACGGAAGCACGAACAUGCUGUCAGAGUUCAAGAAAUCCAAGCUCAAUUAUACGGUUGGAACGGACCAGAUCUCACCGCCUUGGGGGAACUCAUAGCUGAAGGGACGUUCAGAGUCGUUGGAGCGAGAGGUCGAAGACAUGUCUUUCUGUUUGAGAAGGUUUUGCUGUUGGCCAAAAACAAGCAAGGAGGAGCUCUGGCGUACAAGAGCCAUAUUAUGGUGAGUAUACAAGAUGUGAACAACGACAAAUGGUCACCUCUAAAACAAAAUUCGACCCCCCAUUAUCUAGAACGCAGAAGUAGGGUAAGAAAAACCCGGGAUUUCAGCAACAGAAGAGCUGCCUCUCAAGACCGCACAUUCCCUACAUUAGCAAAUUGGAGAAGAAAGUCUGAACCGAGCAUGGUACCGCAAUAUAACCCCAAAAAAGCUGUGAAAGUCAAGAAACACAAGGAAUCUCAAAGUGCCACCUUUUACACGGAUUUAUCUGACUCAGAAAACUGCGCUGAUGAAUCUUUGGAGAAUAUACAGCAGAAUUUGAAUGAAAAUACCGCUGAAGAACUGAAAGAGGAGGAAAGGACUGACUGUGUUAAUAAUAAUUUGGAACAAAUUGUGUCGGAUAUUCUUAUGCAAAAUCAAAGUUUCCACAAAGCAUUCAAUAGACAAACAGGAAGAAAAACCGUCACAAGCGAUCCAUCUUCUGUUUGGUGCGAAGAAAAAGUAAAAUUGCCAACGAAAGCGGAUUCUUUGCCAAGAUCCUUUCAGUUAUAUGAUCAACCCGAUUCGACUAAUGGAGUAGAGUGCAAAAAUGAAAGACUAGUGUUGGAUAUGUCAUUGAAAGAGAACCCCGAUUUUGAUGUUGAAGAGCAGCAAGAAAAUGAUCUCUCUUCUCAAUUAGAUGACACCGAGCAUCCUGAUCAUAAAAUUUACCGAAAAAGUACGAUACGCUUCAGCAUUUUGCAACGAAUCCGGCAUAUUAUGUCAGAAGAGCAGAAGAGAAUCCAAAAAUACCCCAUUCGCAAACAGGGGUCUAAGAGCAUGGGCGAAAAAAUUGCACAUCCCGACUAUGUAGAUCCUCAAAAACUUUUUUUAGGUUCAGACAGUUGCAGUCAGAUAGAUCUCUCGCAAGACAAAAACGAAGAAAGUGAUACCCUUGGUGAACCGGAGCAGCUUGAUCUAACAAUCAAUGAGAAAGACGUACUUAACGAGUUGGAAAAGAGGUUGAAUGGUGGCGCCACAGUUUCCGAUACAGGCCAGGAUCAUAACUCUAGUCACAGCUUUAUUUCUAGUCAAAGUUCGGAUAGCUAUUACGAGAAGAUCCUGGAGGAUUCUUUGAAAGAGGAGUACAUCAAGGAUUCCACUGGGAAAUUGGUAGCAAAGCAGGACUCUUUUAGCAGCAACGAAGACAGAUCCAGCUUAAACCAAAAAUUCUUAUUGGACAAGAGACCAAUGGUCAAAAGGCCGACCAAAGCGCCCCCACCUAUACCUCAAAAACCUUCAGGACUAAGCUUAAACGCGGGUCCAGUCAAAAUCGUUACGGAGAAGAUCAGUACCAAGACUGUAAUCAAGGAGAGCACCACUAAUGGUACUACCGUCACAGAAAACGUUAGUUCUACGACUACUUCAAGUACGAAUUCCAGUUGGGUUAAAGCGAUGGUGGGGAGGUUCGAAUGAUUAAAGGAGUAGAUUUAAUUGGUUGGUGGUUAAAUUUCAGAACCAAUAAGGGAUUGAUUAUCAUUAAACUAGAUAUUAGUACAAAUUUUAUUGAACGUACUUAGUGUUAGUUCAGAUUUAGUAAAAAAAUUGUCGAUAUAUCAAGUUGACAAUAUGAUGAUAAAUAAGAAAGAUAGUGUCAAAAUAAUAUUUUUUACAAAUAUAGAAAUACGUAUAUAACGCAGAAUUAUAGUUAUAAAUAUAUUGGGUAAAAAGUAAAAUACAAAUAGUUUCAAUAAAUUUUGUUAUUUGUUUUUUUUAUCAGAAAUUCUAUCAUGAUUUCUUUCGUUCAUAUUCUCGUAUCGUUCCUUAUUACAGAUGACAAUAUGAUGGUUUCAAUAUGUAGUUCAUUCCCUUAGCUUAGAAAUAUUGUGACAGAUUCACUGUGGGAAACAUAAAAGACACAAAAUUACUACCUUUCACUAUUAAUAACCCAAAUAAAUUUUGUUUUUUAAAACAAAACUGCAUCAACUGAAACAAAAGUUUAUUUUUGAAAUUUUAUACCCAUUAGAAGUGGAAAGUUUUUAAUGAAAAUUAAUGAAUAUACCUUUUACAGCCUUUUUUCAAUGUAAAAAUGCUGGAUCAAUACGUUUAGUUGGUCUAUUAAUAGUGAGAGGUAGGAAUUUUUGUGUUGUAUGUUUACGAUCAUGACAAAUUUUGACAUUCUUUUUUUUUUUUCAUUUUUAAUCAUGAGGCAAAUAUUCGCGCACUAUCCGCGAAACCUGGCAGCAAUCUGUCAACAUUGUCUAAUUUCAGAUUUUAGGCAACUGCAUUUUCUACUCUAGUAAUUUUAUUACACAAAAUAUAAUUUUAUGUCUUGUAUUAAAUGUCAUAAAGAAAUAUGUUUAAAUAAUUUUUUAAUCAACUUAUUUGAAAUGUUUUUAAAUCAUUUUUUAAUCAGUUUAUUUGCUUUUUUGUGUACGGUUUUUUUUCGUCUUUUAUGCGAAAAAUGUUCUUAACCUUCGUCUUCCCACGUCGGUAAAAUUACGUGGAGUCCCACGUGGGUUCCAUUUGUACCCCAGAGAAAAAAAUGCGUAUAUUUAAAAAAAGGGUAUAUCGAACAAAAAAAUAAUUUUCAUCAUUUAAUUAAAUUAACUGUAGGAAUAAAAAAUAAAUAUUAUGACCGAAAAUUAGUCUAAAGUUUCUUGGCAUCGGGUGCAAAUUACUUCCUUGAUUUGGUGUUCUUCCUACCUUUUGCCUACCUAAAUCAACCAAAAUACCCAAAUCACCUUAGAUAUGCGGAUGAUAUACUCCUGAUCUCCUCGGAACGGCAAGAACUGGAAUUAAUGCUGAAUGAACUUCAUGAAAAAUCACUACAAAAAGGCCUAAAAAUUAACUUCAACAAAACAAAAGUAAUGACAAACACGGAAGACCAAGAGGCAAUAAAAAUAAAAACAGAAAAAUAGAACAGGUAAAUGAGAAUAUCUAUCUAGGACAAACAAUCAGAGCUAACAGAGAAAAUCAAACAGCCGAAAUAUCGAGACGAGUAAGAAUGGGAUGGGCAGCGUUCGGCAAACUUUCUUACGUUCUAAAAAAAUCAAACAAUCCCUCUAUACUUACGAAGCAAGGUAUAUAACUCCUGUAUAAUACCGGUGCUCACCUACGGAGCACAGACAUGGACAUUUACACUGGCCAAUUUGGAUAGGAUAAGAAAGGCACAAAGAGCGAUGGAGAGACAAAUGUUGGGUGUAUCACUUAGAGAUAGAAAACGUAACCAGUGGAUUAGAACCAGAACAAAGACAGUAGACGCGAUGGAACAAGCAGCAAAACUUAAAUGGAAAUGGGCUGGACACAAUGAACGUCUCCAAGACGGACGAUGAAACAAUGCCAUCGGAAAGUGGCGUCCAUACAAUGCAAAGAGAUCAAGAGGCAGACCACAGAUCAGGUGGAAAGAUGACAUCAGGAAACAAGGAGGUCCCACAUGACAGAGAACAGCUCAAGAUAGGGAAAGAUGGAGAGAACUGGGGGAGACCUAUAUCCAAUAAUGGAAGGAAUGGAAUAGGUUAAAAAAAAAUGGUGUUCUGCAUAUACAAAAUUUUUACACUGCUUACAAAAUUGCCUUGAUUUACGAUCUUUAUUUCGACUACAUAAGUAGCAACGUCCACUUGAAGAUCAUUCACAGGCUGCUUCUAUUUGCAUCUUCACCAGCGCCAACUUUGGAACGACAUCUUGCAUGUACUGCUUCAACGUCUUACUCAAUCGUAUUCCCUCAUUAUAUCGCCUGGUAAUAUUUUCUUUUACUAAAGCUUCUCCUAGAUUUAGUAAAAAAUUGCGUCUAUCAUCUUUUUCUCUACAUGAAUCCGAGUACUUGAUACACCAUAAGAUGUAAGCGUUCAGGCCAGAAAUAUCCAAUAUUUGGAUUAUUUGGACACUGCCAUUGGCCAUCGGUUGCAUAUCCUACGAGCGGAGUAUUGCUUUACCAACUUAUCUGUGGUAUCUACUGCACCUUUUGUAUGAUUAUAGUGCAGUAUAAGUGAG